GGAGCAAGUGUCUCGACGUGCACGCAGACCAACGCCAGCAGCCAAGAGGAACGGGCAAGCAAAAAGUCGACCCGAGUAGCCGACACCAAUGAAUGAAUGAGUGUGACAAGGGAAAAGCUCUUUCUUAUCCUCACGAGUGUGCCCUCCGUGAGUGGUGUGUCGUGCCCCAGCACUCGACGAACACUCCUGAAUCAGAGGGGCCGUCGAAUGCAGACAGUCAACACACCACACACAGGUCCGUGUCUGUCUGUCUGUCUGUUGUGUUGCGUUGUGUCCGAAUUAGCACCUCUAGACAAGGGCCAGCUACCAAGGACACCUCCCCUCCCUCUACCUCUCCCUCAGGCAGGCAGUCCAAAACAGUCGGCGGUCAAAAAUGCUCCAUCGAACACUCAAACGAUGCCCUGCCCUGCCCGCCCUGCCGUCCAUCCGGCCCCUCUUGAUUGCAAGUAACGUAAACAAACACAACACUACACAGAACACAACACAACACCAAACCACAACACGCACCUCCUUCCUCUGGGAUCUCAUCCACACAUAGACACUCACUCACUCCAUGGUCCAUCCAUCCGUCCGUCCGUCUAUCGCUUUGCGUCAGGUCAUUCACUCAUCCGAUGAAAAAACCUCAACCGAUAUAUCAAACCGCCGUUCGUCCAUGUCCCUCUCUCCGUCCGAAGACACACGUGUUGCAGAUGCACGAGCCACUCAGUCAGUCUGCAAUGGUCGAUCAGGCAGGCAGGCAGGCAGGCAGGCAGGGGAGAGAAACAACACACCAGAUGAAGUGAGGCAGCCAAAACUACGAUGGGUGGUGUGGAGUCUCAAGUAGGUAUCAACGAGAUCGAGAUGCAUUCAGCAGGCAGGCAGGGAGCCACAAUGAGCGAGCAAGUCAUUAGGUGGGCAUGAUAGCAUUAAUGAAGGCAAGAAGCAAGCAGGGAGGAGCGAGCGAGGGACAUCGGCAGACAGGGACGUAGGUGUGCUCAAGUGUCGCUCGAACAGACAGGACGGCUACGUGACGACAGUCAGCAAAAGAUGUGUGCACUCACACCCGCCCACCCACGCGCACAUGUCCGUCAGCACACACAGGCAGGGAAAAACGGCAAAACCACCACACACACACACACACGCACCCACACAGAUGCAAACUGUCGACACCGCCUCUCCUCUCCUCUCUAUGCAGCCGACCAGCGAUCCGCAGACAGACAGACAGACAGACAGACAGAAAGUCAAUUCAGCCAAUCUCCCAGGCAGUGUGGCAGCCACGCACUCAUUCGUGCACACCCACACAGCGUGCCAGCCACAGCUGCCAGCAACCAAUCUGUCGGUCGGUCGGUCAGUCAACAAACAUACCUACCUACACUGCAAACACACGCACACAAGUACGUCCACACACACACACGUCGUCAGGCAACACGCAGUUUUUUGCUGUUUUUGGUCUUUUGUUGUUUUUGGCAUCACCGGCCGGCUAUUUAAAUACCAACACCUCCCCUCUCCUCUCCUCUCCUCUCUCAGUGAGUCAGUUAGUUAGUCCCCUACACACACAGCCACCUGGCCCUUAGUGCACGGAAAAAGGGGCCGCCUCGCUCCAUCCAUCCGGCCAGCCAUCCGAAUUCUCGACAAUGACCGUGCGCGUGUAUCUAUCUCCUCUUCCUCUCCUCUCUGGUCAGCCAGUAAGUGCCUGUCGGUGACAGAAAAUAGCAAGCCAGUUAGUUGGUUGUUCAAGGCAGACGCAGUACGCAGGUAGCUAAAGGCAGGCAGGGAGGCAGGGAGGUAGGCAGGCGCAAAAAGUCCGUCGCCCUGUGUGUGUGUGUGCGUUUCUUGUUGUUACGGUACGGUCGGCAGCUCCCAUCAUUGCUAUACCUUCCACUCGGUACGUAUCCCUCUCUGUCCCUCUCUGCUUGCCCGACACCACACACAUGCACAUGCACAUGCACCCGGCACCGUCAUUAAAAAAGCAAACGACACAGCACAUUCACUGGCCCCCAUUUCCCGUUAGAUAGACAGACAUACACACAGGGAGAGACGUACGUGACAUACGGCAGCAGGCGAGGAGAGACGAGACAGCCGAAGAUGCUGUGCUGCGCUGUCCCCUGGUUGUAUGCGCAUGCAAUGCACUCAACAACCACACAACCACCACACCACACGACACAGACAUGCACCGUACGUAUCGCAUCGCAUCAUGUUGUCUCUUUCUUUCUCUCUUUGUUCUCUUCUCUUCUUGAAAGUCAGCCUGUUGAAAGCUUCCCUUCCACCAUCGCUCGCUCGCAGUUAGUCGGUCAGUCAGCAUUAAAUACCGCGCCACAGAUAGACAGAUACGUACUCAGACAGACAGACACACAGACACAGACAGACAGACAGACAGACGUACGAACACAGGGAGAGAGACACACCCGGACGCACCGCAUCGGGGGGGAGGAUAGCACAGCACAGCACAGUACAGCAGUGGCCACUGCACUGCGCCAGUCCGCCUGUCCAUCCCUCCAUCGAUCUGUGCGUGCGUGUGUGUGCUCCCUCUCUCCUCUCGCCAUUGUAAACUACAAAUAGACACACGCAGGCAGCCACGCAGCCAGCCAGACAUCCCUCUCUCUCUCUCUCUCUCUCAUGGUGUGCUGUUUGUGUGUCUUUUGUUCUGGAGCACAGCACGGAAGAUAGAGUGCUUCACAGAGACAGACAGACAGCCACACAGCAACCACACACACACACACACCCCAAACAUCACAACACGCAACGCAACGCAACGCACCACGCUCGACGUUCGACGACGAGUCAGCAAACUCUCUCAUAUUCGCCCGACCCUCCUCUACCUGUGUGUGUGUGUCAUGUGUUGGGAAGAUGACUCCUUCACUGACUGUACACUCACUCACUGCAAUGAUGAAACAAAACAAAACAACACUCACUGCACGCCCCGCCCGCCCGUUGCCCCUUUCUGCCUGCCCUUCCCCCAAUGUGGUGUGUGUCUGCGUGUGAUGUGCUCCCUCAUCUGAGCAAAGACUAAUCUACAAACAUACAUAAGAGACAGGCAGACAGACAGACAGGCAGAUAGACAGCCAGUCGCUACGCAUUGUCGGCAGCCAGCCAGCCAGCCAUAAAAUUACCAGCUAGUCAGUCAGUCAGUCAGUUAGCGGCGAUCGACUCGUUCGGCUUUCCAUCCAUUCCCUCACUCCCAAACAGAAAGACAGAAAGGAAUUCAAUCAAAGUGUCUCUGUGUCCGUCCGGAUGCUCACGCAUAGCAUGCAACACACACACAGCAUGGCAUCUUAUGCCCUCCCCAAGUCAGCAUGGCAUGCAACACACACACACACACACCCACACACACGAGCACAAGGAAACAAACAUGCCAAUGAUCACGUCACAACAGGCCCCCUGCCCUUCGCCCCCCUAGCAAUGAAAGUCAACACAAGAGCACCAUGCACCAUACUGUACUUCUGUACGGUACGUAUGCAUGUGUCUGUGUCAGGGUGUGGGGUGGUGCAUUGGGUUGAAAGGAAGGCCAUUGCGAGAAAAACGAGCCCAUGCUUCAUGAAAUCCUUUCGUUAUCAAGAUCAACAAACAAAAGAAGCCACAGAAGGAAAAAAGAAACGAUCGGUGUCUCCCUCUCCCCUUUCGUCCAGUGCUUACGGGCCGCCUGAGGCGCCCUGCCUGCCUGCUUGCUGCGCCGCUACCAACACCCGCCCGCCCGCCCGCCCGACAGACACACAAACCAUUCACUGACUCACUAAUAACGAUAGAUGGAUGGAAUGGAUGCACAUAUAUGCGACAGCCCCCUCCCUCUUUCUGUCUUUCAAGCCCUUCGCUCCCCCGCUGGUGGGUUGGAAAAAGAAGGCACCACGUGUCGACCGUACGUGGCAGCGGGGCCCCCCCACACACACAGUCACGACACACGAUCAGUGAGUGAGUGAGUAUCAGAACACACCACGCAGCACCACGACAUUGUUUGCCCUCUCUCUCCACUCCGCCCUUAGUCAGUCCCUCGCUCAACCAGAGUCAUUGAAUUACUCUCCUCUCCUCUCCUCCCCGCUCCCUUCCCCUCCUCUACGUACGGGCAAAAAAACAAACAUACACUGGCCUGGCGGUAUGGAUGGGCAUGGUGUGGUCAGAACCAAACCAACAAACACUCAAUCAAUCAGUCAGUAGGUGGGUCAGGUCGGGUCGGUGGGUCGACCCCUCCCCCCUCUAAACCACCCCCAUCAGCUCUCGGUGCCGCCCUGCUGCUGCUGCUCCUGCUCCUGCUGGAAGAGCUCCAGGGCCUGUGAGUUGUCCAUGCUGUCGGUCGCGGUCUCGGGGCGGCCAUUGUCGGUGCCACUGCCCUCUGCGGCCGACUGGAGAGCGUAGGAGGUGAGGGGAGGUGACGAAGAAUCGAAAUACGCCAGGUGGUGCUGCUGCUGCUCACUCUGGGGCGGGUAGAACAUCUCGUUCGCCACACCAGCCGCCGCCGUGGUGUCGUGAGUGUGGGUGUCGGUGGAUGGGGCGGGUGGGAGGUCCUCUGGCGGCGGUGGGAGGCCCAUCAUGCCCUCCACGCCCGGCACGCCGACGCCCAUGGCCAUGCCCCCCUCACCGAACCCCAUCAUGUGCAUGGCGGCCGACUCAUCGCCGCCCCACACGUCCACACCCACACCCACACCCACGCCCACACCCCCCUGCCCCAUGGCCAUACCCAUACCGCCCAUACCGACGGCCACGCCAGCCAUGUCGAACUCAAACGCAGCGGCCGGCGGUGGGUUGGGCACGAAGCACCCGUCCUCGCGAUAGUAGCCAGUCGACAUGGCCACCAUCUCUGCAGCACCAUCGCCGCCGGCAGCACCAGCAGGAGCACUGGGCACGAACGCGACGGGGUUUGAUGGGUAGAACUCGUUGGAGAAUGGGUUGAGUUGCGAUGAGCAUGGGCUGACGGUGGUGUUGGGGCCGUCCUGCUCCGAUGCGGGUGGGGGGUAGGGGAAGGGGGGAGGGGGGGGCACGCCAGCCUGCAUUGAUUGCACACACACAUGACACACACAGAUUGUGAAUGGAUGUGUAAGGCAAUCGACUGAGUGUGUUUCGUCAUUACCUGUGCGUAGAAGCUGUCGGGGUCGUCGAAGGGUAGGGGUGGGGGAGGGUGAGCGGGGGCGGACGGGACACUGGUGAGCAUGGGCAGGGUGGCAUCGGGGGGAGGGGAGGGGGCGUGGACACCCAGAUCCACAGACAGACCACUGAGCGUGCUGUCCUGCCACGUCUGAUCAACCACGAACCAGUCACACACAGACACCGAUGAUGCGAGUGCCGCCAUCCAUGCCUUGCGAUGGCUGCUCACCAGUGUGCUCCCUUCGUAUGCGGUGCUACCCGAGUCGAGAGGGCUUCCACACACCGAGACACUCCCACCCUUGCCGCCCGCACCCAUCCCCACCCCUUGCACACUGUCGUACGAACGCGGCGACUGCUGGUCCGCAUCGCACGGAAACACCGUGGAGUCCACUGACGCACCGUCGCUGCUGACGUCAUCCGGGUGGUGAUGCGACCCCCCACCCGGCUGCUUCCCACUCGCCCGCACAGACGAUCCCUUGCGACGCAACUCGCUGGUGGCCGCCGCCGGUGGCUGUGUGGUCUUGUGGGUGAGCAGGGCAGGCGAUGAUCGGCUGCGUGUGAUGGGUGGGAGGGGCUCGCCGAUGUGGAUGAAGGUGUUCUUGACCAUCCCGCUGUCCCGCCCCGGGUACGAGUAGAUGGGGAGCUCCACCCGGGUGCAGACGAGGGUCUUCUUGGGCGUGGCUCUGUUGAGCGACACGUGUCUCGCCGGCUUGAUGGGCAGUUGGCUCGCCGGGAUGAUGACCGGCGCUCCCGCCAUCCCUGCCGCCCGCGGAUGGAUGGUUAUCCCCGCCGCCGGGGUGUCGUGCUCACGGUUGAACGGCGCCGUCUUGAUCAGCUCAGCUAUGACGAUGAUGACUCAGACAGAACAAGUCGUCCUUGACCAACACUCACAGGAACGAUGAGCAUGCGCUGAAGCGACGCGACAGGGUGGGAGGGGAGCUGUCAACGAGGGGGGGACUAGAACAGCGGACGAUGUGUCGUAGGAAUUCCUCCAGCGAUGUCACAACCACCCCGAGCCAAAUGAACGCCGGAAUCAGCGCCCAGUUGACGAGGUUCUGAUGGUGUGGCGAUGGUCAAGCCACAGUGAUCCGAGAAGCCAGGGGAGGAGGUUUCACACGUCGAUCAUGCGAG